AUAACAUCGUGUUGCGUCGGUCUACCCAUACGGCAAACAGACAACAAUACCCUACCCAUUACUCAGUACCUAGGCGUACGAUGUACCCUUCAUGAUAUUAUCUAUUUAUUUAUGUUUGGUUUAUAGUAUUUAAUGUGUUUAUACAAAUUGUUCGAUUAAAAAUAUAGCUGCGCUUUAAUCAAACUAUAAUUGUAUUCUAUAUUCUACUCAAGCACUAAAUACAGUUUCAUUAAUUUACAAUUUUCCAACAAUAUUCUUUGCCAUCAAUGCCAUCCAGUUGCCACAGCGUCUAAACGCUUUACGAUGUCAUAAGAACAAAUACUGAAUAAUAAUUUAAUUCAUUCUUUGUGUAAUAGAGUUAACAUAACUUGUUUAUCACCGUCAAAAUGUUACGCACCACAAGAUUCUUGAGUAUUUUAGAAAAGUUUAACGCUGAUUACCCUGAAGAUAAAAACGUUCAAAUCAAUGAUGAAUUUCUAAGAGUAAUAGAAGAAAUAUGUGAUGGAUUACUUAAUGUAGAGAUUAUAUAUACCUGUUUGACUUUAAAUUCACACAUGUGUCAAAUUUUAAAAAAUUUAUCUUCAGUGUUGAAACAUUUUCUGUAUGCUGAUAUUGCUGAACCUCUUGAUGUCAAAAAUUUCAUUUUAUUUACAAAAUUAAGUGAACUUACUACAAGAUUUAAAAUUUUAGUAGCAUCAGAAUUAAAUGAUGACAAUUUGGUAUUACAAAAUGAUGAUAAUUUGUUUAAUUGUGAAAAGGAAGAGUGUAUUUGCAAUACUUAUAAAUCAAAACUAAAAAACUUUAAAACUAACUCUGAUAAAUCAGAAAUAUAUGAGAUAAAUGAGUAUUUUACUUGUUUUCUAAUUGAAUAUUUGCUAUUGCUAUCAGAAUUAAAAACCAAAGAUGUUCUAUUAGAAAAAAAUAUUAAGCUCUUAUUAGAUGUUGCUAAUGACGAGAUGUUAGCUAAAAAAUUCCAUAUUAUUUCAGAUGUUCUUCCUCAAACAACAAAAUUAAUUAUUUUGCAAAGAAUUACAAAUUGUAUCAUCAAACCAGAAUUUAAUUUAGAAGAUUGUGAAUUCCUACAGUCUAAAAAUAAGGAUUACAAGUUAGAAAUAUGUGCAGUAACUUUUUUUACGCUUCAAAAUAUUUGUGAACAUUUAGAAAAUGAAAAAAUCAAUCAAUCAUCACUAAUUUUAUCCAAGUUUAAUGUUGAAAGUAUUAUUUCUUUAAUUGAUUCACCUCCUGAUCUUUCUUUUGAAAAUACUUUUGAAGAAUCUACAAAUUGUAUUACUUUUAAAAAAUACAAAAAAGUUGUAGAAGUACCUUCAAAUAAAAUCAAAAGAUGUUUAAAAGUCUUAAAAUUAUUAAAUAUUUCAUUAAGAGGGCAUCAAACACAAAUUAAUAAUAGUCCAUUUUCAUUGGUACUGCUAUCCAUUUUUUCAGAGUUUGUUAUGGCUACUAAUCUUGAUAAUGUCAGUAUCACAAAGUUGAUUACAAUUAUUAUUGACUUUUUAAAAAUCUGUGGACUUCCUAUGCAUUUCCUUGCGGUAUCUUAUGCAUUCAAUAUUUAUCAAAAAUUGAAAUCUGACGAUGAGCUAGAAUCUAAAUCAAUAAACUUAUUUAAAAGUAUUUCAAUCAGAAUACAUAAAAAUACUUUACAUAAACAAUAUAUUACAAAGGAUUUGGAAAAAAUCAUAAAUGAUGAAAAAAAUUGGGUUGAUACAGCAAUUAUAAUGUCAUGUUUCUUGGGUGAUAUUUCGGAAACGCAAUUGAUUGCAAAUACACGUUUUAUUGAUUUGUAUUAUGCUCUUAAUGAAUAUGUAGUACUUUCUUCCAACUAUAUGUGCUCACAAAAUCAUCUAUUAGUUUACCCUUACUGUGUAUCGUUGAAUUUUUCAAUAGUAAAUAAAAAUAAUGAUUGUUUAUUCAAUAAUCUAGCUAUACUUGAUGAUUACAUAACUAUUUUAUUCAAUGAAGAUUUAAAAGUGCGAUUAGAAGAUAAAAAAUUUCUUUUAAAUACCAUUUUUGAACAUUAUGAUGUUAUUGCUCACUGUAUACCAAAAAAGUUCUUAUUAAAAUGUUGGAAAUAUGUAUUAAACCCUAUAAACAUGGAUGAUAAUAUUUCUAAAAAAUUAUUGGAUUUGUGUUCUUCUAAUGAUUUAAUACAGUUCAUAAGUAUUUUGAAAAUUGAAACAAUGAAAAUCAUUGAAGGAAAUGAACAAGCUAUAAAUCAAGAUUACUAUAAAUAUAUACAUGAACUAUGGUCUUUUUUACUAAAUGUUUCAUUGUUUAAUCAGAAGAAAAAAAUUCGCAAGGAUAAUAUAAAUCAUUUUUGUUUUGUUUUGAAUAGAACUUUCUUAUUUAACACAAAAAAUAUUCAAACAGAACAAGGUUUGAUUUUAUUAUUAAAACUAGUUUGUUCGUUACUUCAAAUACACUGGAUAAACAAAACUACAAUGAUAAAUUGUUCAUUGAGAAUAAUGACUUUUGUUGAAAAAAGUACAAGCAAAGCAGCACAAUUACUGAUAGAAGCUUCUGAACUAUUAAUAGUUCUUUAUAAAUGUCCAAAUAAUUCUAUAAAACCCUAUUUAGGACUAUACGCUACUACAUUUGCCAACUUUUUAAAAAAAUGUUUGUCAUCUGUAUGUCCAAUGGACACAUCAAUAGUUGAUAAAAAUUAUUAUAUACCUUUCCACAAACUUGAAAAAUGUUCCAGUUUAUUCAAACAAAAUAAAAGCGAUUUUGAUAUUAUAUGUCGUUAUAUAAUAGAAGACUUAAUUGAACUUGUUUCUACAGAAGUAAAUUUUGUGGGAGUAAUUAUGAGACAUUUUUUUAAUGUAAUCUUCAAUAUGAUGGAUGUUUGUUCGCCUGAUGAAAUGAAAAAAUUAAUGUUGAAUAUUCAUGGUCCCUCUUUGCUGAUGUUAAGAAAAGCAUACAUAGAAUACAGAUCAAAUGUUAGAUUUACUGGAAGACUUUAAAUUGUUUAUUGUUUAUUAUCUUUUAAAUUUAAAGUUUUUGUAUCAUUUAAAUAUUGAGUAAAUAUUUGUUAUAUAUGUGUUCAAUAAAUAAAAUACCUUUUAAUAUA